AUUAAGCAAAUCCACAGAUUACUUAAACAGUCUUAAGGAAACUCUUUUACUGAAGAAAAUUUAUCACUGUUCAAAGAGGAGUGAGCAUUGAAAGAAUUCUCGUACCGCACAGCAAAUCAUGGAUCAAAGGCUAAUUUUUGCGGCUAUGAUGCUCUUCAUAGUCCCUUUCACCGCAGCAUUGGAUCCCUGGGUCAAAGCGAAUACCCUUCCCGUGUGUUUUGGCGCGAGGAGUAACCAGUAUGACAGUUUCAACGUCCCUUACGGUGGCAAGAUAGCUGCAGUAAAAUUGAUCUAUCUAAGCGGUUACGUGACCUGCUCUGGCCAAAUUUCUCACUGGUCUUUCUGGGGCUGUGGUAACCAUCCUUCAUUAAAAAAACACGUCAGUCUUGCCAUCACAACAUCAAGCAAUGCUCUCCUUAUGCCGCCAAACGAGUUUUUCACGUUAUCUGGUGGUGCUGGAAGGUGGUCCGAGUUACCCGGAUAUAACUCGUUGUCCCCUGAGAUCAUCCUGCCGCGUUUUUAUCCUUACUCGGUGAGCUCGGGCCAAGAGUUGCGGCUGUGGUAUGGUGAAGAUUUGGUGAACUGGUAUGAAGGCGACAAUAAAGGAUUGGUCUGCUGUAAUGUAUAUGUUCUGUAUGUCUGAUGACAGUCCUGGCAAGUUUCAGUUUCAAGUUUCAGGCAGAUUUUCCGAGAUGAUUAAUUUUUUUUUCGCAUUCUAGCUGCAGAAAUUAAGGGUUCCAUUAAUUCUAGUAACAUUGAGUAUUCGAGAUUUUUGCUUUACGUUGUUGAAAAGAGGAAAAGGAAAAACGGAGAUACGAAAUGUAGUAAGCUGUGUAACAACUGUGUUUGAACUGUGAUUAAAUGAAUAUAAUUGUAUACCAUAGAGCACAUAAAAGUGGGUUUUGCUUUAAUUUAGCAGCUAGAAAUAAAAAAGAAGGCAUUAAAUAAAAGUGUUGUUUGU